CCGAGGUCUGGAUUGCUAGGUUCUCUUUAUCUGGAGAAGACUCAAAGAAAGACAGAGAAGUAGAAUUGCUUGAGAAAACAGACCACCAGGACCUGAGCUGUCUACUUCCUGUGUCCUCCGGAAGUUGUCAGAAACAAUGUUUAUCUUGUUCAUGCUGGUAAUGGGUGUUUCUGCUUUUGUUCUUCAGCCUGCAGAACCCAGAGUGACUGCAGGAAAUUGCCAAUUUCAUGGCAAGCAUUUCAAAAGUUACUUCAAAGUGGAAGGGGAACCUGUGAUCCUGAGGUGCCCCCAGGUGCGAAGUUGGUGGUGGGACUCGGCCACCACCCACAUCACCUUGACCUGGCGUAAAAACGAUUCUGCUGGGAUGAUCCCAGAGGAACAGACACGAGUGCGGGUGCAGGAUGGUGCGCUCUGGAUGCUGCCAGUCUCACAGGAGGACUCUGGUACCUACAUCUGCACUGUCAGAAAUGCUUCUCACUGUGAUGAAAUGUCCAUUGAGCUGAAGGUGUUUGAGAAGACAGAUGCUUUCCUGCCUUUCAUGUCCUACCCGCAAAUCCUGAUCUUAUCAUCCUCGGGGUCAUUGGUUUGCCCUGAGUUGAGUGAAUUUACCCGUAAUAAAACUGACAUAAAACUUCAGUGGUACAAGGAUUCUGUCCUUUUGGAUCAAGAUAACAAGAAGUUUGUUAGUGUGAAGGAAACCACUCGCUUGCUCAUACUCAAUGUGUCUGUGGAGGAUGCUGGCUAUUACACCUGUGUGAUGAAAUUUGACUAUGAAGGCAAGCAAUACAAUGUCACUCGGAAUAUUGAGCUACGUGUCAACAAAAGACAAGAAGAGACAAUUCCUGUGAUUAUCUCUCCCCACGAGACCAUAUUGGCUUCACUGGGGUCGAAACUGACCAUCCCGUGUAAAGUGUUUCUGGGAACCGGCACGCAGUCGACCACGAUGCUGUGGUGGCUCGCCAACAACACCAACAUAGAGACUGCCUACCAGGGAGGCCGCGUGACUGAGGGGCCACGCCAGGAAUACACUGAAAAUAAUGAGAACUACGUUGAAGUGCCAUUGGUUUUUGAUCCAGUCAUAAAAGAGGACUUGAACAUGGAUUUCAAGUGUGUUGUCUUUAAUACAGUGAGUUUUCAGACGCUACAAGCCACAGUCAAAGAAGCUGCCACAUUCUCCUGGAAGAUUGCACUCGCCCCCCUGUCGCUGAUCUCACUGGUUUUGGGAGGAAUGUGGCUACACAGACGAUAUAAAUGCAAGAAGAGAAAACCAUAUGGUUUGACCAUAUUGAAGGGUAUCCGUCAAGAUUUUCAGUCUCAUCCACAUCAUAAAAAGGAAAUGAAAUAAUUCAAAUACAAACAAUAUCCUUUCUUAUUAAAAUGGCUCUAUUUCCUUCA